GCAUUUGCAAUUUGUGUCUGGUUCCUUGUAAAGAUUUUCUAAUAACAGACUUUCACCAGACUCAAUAAAAAGAAGGCAUUAACCAAAUUUUAUUUUGCAAUUUUUGCAAUUUUCCAUGUUAGUGCAAUUUUUAUGCAAUACUCCUUAAUUUAGUGCAAUUUUUCGCGAAUUCAACUUUAGUCAGAUGAUAUUAAUGAAUGAAUAAUGAUCCUCACUUAAAUAUGUUUAGCUGGUUAUGAAUUGCGUCGGCUGAACGUAAAACACGUACGAGAUAGCAGCACAAAAAUAAUCUCAGUAACUUGAAACCUAAGCAGGGAACAUAUUACAAUAAUUGCAUUUUAUAUAGACUGCCAGUGCGAGUGAAUACCUUAUAAAAAGUGUAGGUGGUAUUGUUAAUCCUAUAUUUCUGUUAAAAUGCCGAAAGUUGCUUCAUCAAUUUCCCAAAAAUUGCAAGAGUAGAUUGGUCCUUAUAAUAAAAACGCGGAAGUAUUUACUUCAGAUGGCAAAAUUAUAUUUUGCAAUGUCUGCUCUAAAUCCGUAGGGACAGGAAAAAAAUAUUUUAUAGACGCCCAUGUUAAAACUGGUAAGUUUUAAACUGUAUUUAUUUCUCGUUCGUUGCUGAUCUAGUGACAUUUUAUAGAAAGCCACAUACGCGCAUUGAGUAAAAAUGUGAAAAGCAAACAAACUUUGCUGACCAUACCUGCCUUGACUUCCAGUGAUAAAAGAAAUGAAUUUUACGAGGAUUUAUGUGGUGCACUUUUGGGGUCCAAUAUACCUUUUUACAAAGUAAAUGCGGAACCUUUCAAACAAUUUCUGGAAAAGUACACAAGUCGUCACGUUCCAGAUGAAAGUACUUUAAGGAAAACAUACCUUCCAACAGUAUUCCGGAAGAAAAUGGAAAAUAUUAAAACUUCCGUUGGGAAUAGCUGUGUGUACUUAAUUGUAGACGAAACAACAGAUUCCAGAGGCUAGUAGAAUUUUCACAAUAUCUUUUUUUUCUGAAAUUUCAUUUUAUAGGUUUCUACAUUGCAAAUUUGCUGGUUGGCGUGUUAGACACUGAUGAACCCCAGAAACCAUUUCUCAUUGCUUGUAAACGUCUGCCAACAACUAAUUUUGAAACAAUAUGUCAGUUUAUAAACAAAUCUCUUACUGCUUUCUCGUCUACCAUUAAUGGGCGCGUUUUACUUUUACUUACCGAUGCAGCGCCUUAUAUGGUUAAAGCUGCAAAAACUGAAGGUUUUUUAUCCAAAUUUAUUACAUGUUACAUGUCUAGCACAUGGAAUAAAUAGGGUUGCAGAGGUUGCCAGAGAACUGUGCCCUGGAGUUAACAAAUUGGUUAACAAUGGAAAGAAAGCGUUCCUUAAAGCACCUUCACGUGUGGCAAUAUACCAAGAAAUUAUGCCAGAUUCGCCUCUUCCUCCGGAGCCAAUAAUUACUCGUUGGGGUACUUGGUUGGAAGCAGCGAUAUUUUACGCCAACAACUAUGAAAAAUUUGCUGCAGUUGUUAGGAGGUUAGAGGAUGACGCAGAAUCCGUAAAAAAAUUAAAACUCUUAAUAGAAGAACGAAGCGUACAGAAUGAAUUAAUAUUUAUUAAAACACACUUGUGCUUUCUCCCUGAGUGUUUGAAGCAAUUAGAAAAUCAAGGAAUGUCACUAUAUGACAGCAUAUCUAUCGUGCAAGACGUAAAAUCCAAAAUAAUACGUAUUCCUGGCGAGAAAGGAAAACGGCUGAAAUCUAAAUUAGACAAUGUUUUAGAAAAAAAUGUUGGAUUUAAAACGCUUGAACAGUAUUCAACAAUUUUAACUGGUGAUGGGGAAAGUAAUGAAGACAUUAAAGUGGAGAUGAUUCCAAAAUUUAAAUAUGCACCCAUUACUAGUGUAGAUGUCGAACGUUCAUUUUCCAUAUACAAGCACAUUUUAGAUUCGCGAAGGUGUAAUUUCACCGAAGAAAACUUAGAAAUGUAUAUAGUGUGCAAUUACAACGCGUAAAUCGUUAGCGAUAUAUUUAGUAAUAAGGCAAUACUAAUAAUAAGUAAUAAAUAAAAAUAAUUAAUAAAGAUUAAUAACUUGCAAUUUU